UGUGUCACAAAAGAGAGCUAGCUAGGGUUCCCUCUCUGCAAUUUUCUUUUGUUGAAUAAGGGAGAUAUGGCCUUAAUGGGUGACCACCAUACCUUGGCAGUCGUUUUUGGUGUCUUAGGUAACAUCAUCUCAGUCCUUGUAUUUCUGGCACCACUACCAACAUUCUACCGAAUUUUCAAGAAGAAAUCAACAGAAAGUUUCCAGUCGCUGCCGUACCAGGUGGCAUUGUUCAGUUGCAUGCUAUGGCUGUACUACGCGUUGAUUAAAAAGGGUGCUUUCCUCCUCAUCACCAUCAACUCAUUCGGAUGCGUUGUCGAGACUAUUUACAUAUCUAUGUACUUAGCUUAUGCUUCAAAGGAUAGCAGGAAGUCUGCCAUGAAACUUUUUGUAGCAAUGAACGUGGUGAUCUUCUCUUUCAUUCUCAUUCUCACACACUUUAUGCUCAAGAGUUCGAUUCGUGUCCCGGUUAUUGGCUGGAUUUGUGUUGCCAUCUCUGUAUCCGUCUUUGCAGCACCCUUGAAUAUCAUGGCAAGAGUUAUUCGAACAAAGAGUGUUGAGUUCAUGCCUUUCAACUUAUCGUUCUUCCUCACACUGAGUGCAGUGAUGUGGUUCUCCUACGGGCUAUUCAUUAAGGACCUUUGUGUAGCUUUCCCUAACGUACUAGGCUUCAUACUGGGGAUGCUCCAGAUGAUUCUAUACGCAAUCUACAGACACGGCGAAAGGGAUGUCAUGGAUGAGAAGAAACUUCCAGAACAAACGAAAAGCAUCGUCGUCCUCGACACAUUAAGCGCCUCUGAAGUUCACCCCGUAGCUUUAGAUAUUCACCAUGCAAACACCACGACGGAGGAAGAAGCUGAUAAAAAAUCAGUGGUUGCAGAUUCGAAUGAAUGUCCAGUUUGAAUAAAAAACACUGAUCAAACACCGUACCCUUUUGUGCACAGAAGAAACCAGUCCUGGGACCUACUUCAAGAAGAUGACUAUAUAUAUAUAUGUAUAAUAGAGACGUGAUGUAUUUUCAGUUUCCCCUCCUCCAUGUUGAAAUAAUCUUUGUAGUUAUUGUUUUGAAAUACAACCAUGAAUUGUUUUCGGCAUUUA